AUGCAGCCCUCCCAUUUUCGGGGGAAUAACCCGAAUUCCUACGACUUACCCCCCGUACAAUCUGUGACGGGCGCAUUCCCGACCCCAGCGCUGCUCUCCGCUCCGCCGAGCAGGCCCGACAGCGGGAUGCGAAUGGCCCAUCUACUCCAACCAAUGCCACAGCACCUACCAGCCCCCGCGACAUCGCCGUACUCGCGCUUCUACGACUCUGCAUCCGGCUCGCCCGCUGAAAGCGGUGCGCUCCCCGAUGCGCUGGGCUCAGUACCGGGCGGUCCGGCGCUGUACCAGACCAGUCCCGUGGGUCAGCAGCCAACGCCCGCGCAGCUGCAGCAAAAGCGCGCAUAUCGACAGCGUAGGAAGGAUCCCAGCUGCGACGCUUGUCGCGAGCGCAAGGUCAAGUGCGAUGCGUCUGAGUCGUCUAGUUGCACGGAAUGUAACAAUCGCAAGGUCCGAUGUCAGUUUACUAAGGAGACGAAUCGUCGCAUGUCGUCUAUUAAGCAAGUGCAGGACUUGGAGAAGCAGUUGCAGAAUACCAAGCAGCAAUUGCAGCAUCUGCAGACUGGUAUGAUGCGUCCUGAUCGCAUGAUCGAUGUCGAUGAAGGUAUUGCGCAGCCUUUGAUUAAAUUGCCGGAGAUUGAAUACCGUCCUGUGCGCCGGUCGAAGGCGCCUAUUGCUCAGGAUUUCUCAGAUGUGCGAUCUAAUAUGCGCCAUUAUGGUGGUGGCAUCUUGAAGGUCCCUACGCCUUAUCGACAGCAGGGCGCUGAGUCUUUGGUUACUGGUGAUGCGCCAGAGCUGCCUCCAAAGAAUCUCGCGGACCAUUUGUUGGCGCAGUACUUCAAUUGCAUUCAUUCGGUCCUUCCGGUGCUCCACUGGCCCAUCUUCAUGUCGGAGUAUGAGAAGGUCUAUCGGUCGGGGUCGCUGUUGGGUGUCUCGAAUGAAUGGGCUGCUGUUCUCUUUGGAAUAUUCGCCUGUGGUGCCAUUCACACCAACGAGCUGGAUCGGGAGGAGCAAGGCAAGAAAUACAUACGCACCUCUUGCGGGAUCAUCGACGUGUGGCACGACAACUUCAAUCUGGAUCGAGCUCGAGCUGCAUUGCUUGCGAGUAUCUUCCUCUUUGAGGUAAACUCAAAGUCGGCAAGUUGGGUAUGGAUUGGUUCAGCGGUGCGUGUGGCUCAAGAGAUGGGGCUACACAUUGAGUCAGGGCCAUGGCCAGCAGUCGAAGGGGAGAUGCGAAAGCGCGUAUGGUGGGGAUUAUACGCUUGGGAUAGAUUACUCGCUCUCGAGAUGGGCAAGCCAGUAUUGAUCAAUGAUCAAGACUGCGACAUUGACCUGCCUUGUCCUGUGGACGAGCAAUAUAUCACAGAAACUGGCCCUAUCCCUGAAAGCCAGCAAACAUCACCUCUUUUAGCAACUAUACACGUCGUCCGUUCAAUCGGUCAACUCACGCGAACCCUCCGAUCAGCCACCAUUAGCCCCGCCACCCUCGAGACCUUCGAACUUCACUUCAACACCUGCCUCGCAACAUUCCCCUCCCAAUUUCACCCAAGAACCGACCAAGACCUCGAUCCUCGCUCUCUCGCUCCAGUAAUAUACCUCCAAAAUGCUCGCCUCCUCCUCCACCGCCACAAUAUCUCCCCCUUUUGCCCGGAUAUCGUCCGUUCCUCCGCAAUGGACUACUGUGUUUCCACGGCCCUCGACACAGCCAACAUCCUCGCCCGGUGCAUGCGCAACUAUCCCAACGCAAAUACGUUACCUCCAGGCCCAGCAGGAAACAAUGACCCGCGUGCCCUCUUCGCCUCCUGUGCCGGCUCCCUCCUCUGUACACACAUUUGGCGCUGUACCCUCCUUCUCCUCUUCCGCCAAGAAUUCGCCGGGGCCCUAGCCUGCGUCCAAGCCCUCGCAUCAAUAGGCGAUGUCCGCACAGUCAACGCCGCCUGCGGUCGCUACCUAUCAUUCUUCGUCCGCCGCCUGCUCUCCCGCCUCCGCCGCGGCGAAAAUAUCGACCUAGAGCGCGACGAGGAAAUGAUGGCCUAUGUCUCAGGCGAUAUGCAAGGAACCAGCGACGGCAGCUGGGUCUGGCACGGCAGCGAAACAGGAUCCCAACUCGAAGCUAUGUCGCCAAUGCGGUCAACGUCUGUUUCCGGAGGUCACUCAGGUCAGCAUGAGCGCGAUGCUGAGUGGGAAGGGUGGGGGUGGAUUGAGAAGACUGUGCAAGAGCUCUUCGCAGAGCAGCGGCAGAGGGCUCAUGCUGAACGAGAUACGCCUAUGGGGGGCCAACCCCGUCAAGAGGGUGCGCCUUCGGGAUCGACUCUUGCGCCUGAAUUUGCCGGUUCGGAUUCGGAUCGCAGGUCUAGCUCGGCGCAUUCACGCAUGACGAUUGCUAGCAUUAUUUGA